AUGGCCACCACCAAACCAGCACCACCCCCAAACACACUCACGCUAACUACAGCCACAACUACAUCUCCAUCUCCACCACCAACCUCAACACAGUCCCCAACACAAACCCCAAAUCCAACCAUGCUCAAACAAAUCCACCGCAUCAAAUCCCACCCAACCCUAACCCCCUACCGCCGGCGCGUCUACCUCGCCCUCCUCUCCAUCCCCGCCGGCCGCUGGACGACCUACUCCGCGCUGGCCACGCAUCUGCACUCCAGCGCGCGCGCCAUCGGCACCGCCAUGCGGACGAACCCGUUCGCGCCGGACGUGCCCUGCCACCGGGUGCUCAGCGCCGACGGCGGGCUCGGCGGGUACAUGGGCGCUGGGCCGGCAAGCGGACAUGCGAAUCUGGAGAGGAAGCGCGCGAUGCUCGAAGAGGAGGGGGUGGGGUUUGAGUGGGUUGCUGCUGGCUCGUCGAAAGGUCGAACGAAGGGUGGGGACGGACGGUGGAGAGCGAAGGGCGAGUGUUUUGUGAAUUUUCCUUCCUUUUGA